GGGAGCCUUAAUUGCCACCGUUUAAAUCGACUUACUAUCAUGUCCAUCAUCCAUCGCACUCCAGAGUAUCAAAGGUUUUCCUUCGAACAGUCCAUUCCCUAACCAACAAAAUUUCCAGCUCGUAGUCGUGCAUUAAAUUCUCCUAACACCUACUGCAUCCGCCAGACUUCCUCUUUAAAGAAAAUAACCAUUGACACAUCUACCUAUUCCCCCUUCACAACUCCAUCCAUCCGAUUCCAGAGAAAGAGAGAGACAAUGUCUGUUGAAAUGGCUUCUACCAAGAUCUAUUACCAGAGACUUAGAAACGUUGGCGAGUUCGAAGGAGAAGAAGAGGAAGAUAAAGGGUUGAAUAGGACAAGGAGUUGGAGGAGGCUUAAAAGGGCAUCUAGUAGGAAGAGACCGAGGCUAAGGAUCCCAGGCUUGAGGAGAUUGUUGAGGAGAAAGGCUAGGCUGGUUUCUGCAACAUGGACCAAGAUGUGGAAGAGGUUGAAGGAGAGUAGAAAUCAUAUAGGAGAGCUGUUUGGUGGAAAUUACAUGUUCAUGCAGGUAACCCCAUCUCCUUUGGUGUGCUUGGACAAAUCUUUUAUGGGUCACCACCAUUAUCAUGGUGUGCCUUCCAGGCUUCCUCUUGGGAGGUUGGUAUGAAUUUUCUGUAUGGGGUUUUUUCUGCUUUUAGAUGUUAUAUGCUUUGGGGGAAAGGGAAGAUAGGGUCUAUAGUUUUUUUUUCACUUGUAAUUGCAAGCGGAUGUUGGUGUAAUGCGGGUACAUGAUACCAAAUAAACUAUAUUU